UAACGAAAAUGCAAUACAAUCAAUACGUGUCGCUAUGCUUGGUGGCGCUUGUCCUGGGACAAGCAGCAGCUCUGCCACAGCAUCAAUAUCCGCAACAGUUCCAACAACAGGUCAGAGAUGAGAGGAAAUUUUCUGAGAAACCAAAUGCUAUGAAGAAGGUCGCUCUUGAUGAUCUAGACGACAUCAGCACCAAUCAGAUUCAGGAAGGUGGCAGUACUGGAUUCUCUUGGUCGAACAUGCUCAGUAUGCUGAUGCAGAUGCUACUUGGUCAAACAGGCGGUGUUACUGGGCCAAGCAAGAAUGAAAUUGACGAUGGAGCACCAGCCAGUCCCUGGGCAAAUUUGCUCUCGGUUGGCCUCAGAGUGCUUACAGCCCUCUUAGGAGGACCUCAACAACCUGUCGAUGGCAUUGAUAAAGUUGACAAUCAGAGCAGCCCCAUGCAGGGAAUUUUGACUGCGGUGCUGGGCGCGUUUCUAGGACAGGGCAGAGACCCCGAUCAGGUUGCUGUCAUGGCUAAAAACGCUUCUGAGUUCAUUAGCAUAGUAAUCAACCUUCUGGACGCGUUGAAGACAUCAUUCUCCCAUCGUUCUUUGACAGCCAGGUCCAUGGGAAGAAGAGACACGGUUUCUGAGGCUGCUGUUGCUUCCAUCUCCAUGCUCAAGGGCUACAUGAGGUCCGUGAAAUCAUUCAAUAACGUUGGACGCGCUGAGGACGAGGGUCAAAGGGGCUGUGCUGAGAGAGCUCUCUGUGAGGCUAGCGCUGAGUGUGUUGCAGAUGCUCAAGGGACGUCGUCCAUCUUUUGUCAACUUGGAUCGUAUGCGACGAGCUACCUGCUACAGAGGCAGAGCGGAGUAGGUUUUGAGGCGCUAUACGAAGCAGGAAGACGCGGUCGUACUGGAGAGGACUGCAGAACCCUCUUUAUGGACUGCAAUGCUGUAUGAGAGUCCCUUUCCAUCCGUUGAAGUACGAUUUAGA